UGUUGCUGCACGACGGGUGCAUCUUAGUUGGCCAUGAAGACCCCGGCACAGCGCCUGCACCUUCUCCCACUGUUGUUGCUGCUUUGUGGUGAGUGUGCCCAAGUAUGCGGCUGCAACGAGACAGGGAUGCUGGAGAGGCUGCCCCGCUGUGGGAAAGCCUUCGCUGAAAUGAUGCGGAAGGUGGCUGUCUGGAAGUGGUGCAACCUGUCGGAGUUCAUCGUGUACUAUGAAAGCUUCACUAACUGCACGGAGAUGGAGACCCAUGUCGUGGGCUGCUACUGGCCCAACCCGCUGGCCCAGAGCUUCAUCACUGGUAUCCACAGGCAGUUCUUUGCCAACUGCACGGUGGACAGGACCCACUGGGAAGACCCCCCGGAUGAAGUACUCAUCCCACUGAUCGCAGUUCCUGUUGUGCUGACUGUGGCUAUGGCCGGCCUGGUGGUGUGGCGCAGCAAGCACACUGACCGGCUGCAGUGAGGGUCUGCCGGAUGGAAGGCCGUGCGACAAUGUUGCUCAGAGCUCUGAGAGCAGGCAGACUCGGCUUCUGUCUGGUCUGCUUUGGCCACACCCUCCCUGGCCAUGCCAAAGUCCCCCUGACCAGGCUGGUGUGGCCCUUGCUGUCUAGCCUGCCACCUGCUGGGGUUCAGACUGUCCAUACAAGUACUUUGCUCUUUCUUGGGCUGGUGGAAGAAAGUGACAAAUCCCAAGUUUGUGGACCAGGUGUGGAAAUCAACUGUUGCUGAGCCCUGCUCUCCCCAGGCUCCGUUCCCUAGUUUCUAGCUGUUUCUUGGCAGAGUCUAGCUCAGCCUGAACCCCAGCCCACGUCCUGACCCAUUUCUAGCCCUGACCCGACCCCUGCUACACUUGGGCAGAGAGGGCCGGCAAGGUCAUCUGGAAGAUGUGGAAUCCGCAGCUCUUCUGUCUGAGAGACUGAGCACAUCCUUUGUUGGACAUGAAGGGAUAGCCUGGGGUCAUUAAGAGCCACAUGUGACCUACUGACCUACUUGCCUAUCUUCUCUGUGAUCUGUCAUGAUUCUGUGUCCAGUAUGGGCUGGGGCCGUGGUUUGUUUAGCCCUUCAAAGACACCUACCCUGCAGGUAGAGCGUGAACCUCCUUCUUGAGGGGCAUUCCUGGGAGUGGGGAACGUUCUGAGUGUGCUCAGGGGUUCUGUCUGCUGAUGUCAGUUCUUUUUGAUUAAAGUGUCUCCUUACAUGUG